AUGUCAGCUCUGUCAACUGGCACGAGCACCAAGUCACACUUGACUCCGAACGGCGGAACUCUUCCCGAGAAGCCAGACGGAAGCGGUGCAGGCCGCGAUGUCGAGCAACAACAACCUUCCGAGACUGACUCGACCGGCGAACCCUCGAUGUUCAAGUCACUCGGUCUUCUCGACCGGUUUCUGGCAGUAUGGAUCUUUCUUGCCAUGCUGAUCGGCAUCCUUCUCGGAAACUUCGUUCCCAACGCAGGACCUGCGUUGCAGCAGGGCAAGUUCGUUGGGGUUUCUGUGCCCAUAGCCGUCGGAUUACUUGUCAUGAUGUAUCCGAUUCUGUGCAAGGUACAAUACGAGAAGUUGCACGACAUCUUCCGCACGAGAGAAAUCUGGGUUCAGCUAGGGUUCAGCAUCGUGAUCAACUGGAUCAUCGCACCGUUGUUCAUGCUCGCGCUGUCAUGGGCGUUUUUACCGGACAAGGAGGGCCUUCGUAAUGGACUCAUCCUCGUCGGGAUCGCAAGAUGUAUAGCCAUGGUGUUGAUCUGGACAAGCCUGGCCAGAGGAGACGGAAACUACUGCGCAAUUCUUGUCGCCGUCAACUCGUUCCUGCAAAUCGUCCUCUUUGCCCCCGUCGCCCUCCUCUUCAUCCGCGUCAUCGGCCAAGACAAUAGCAUCUCCUCGAUAUCAUACUCUACCGUCGCCUCCGCCGUAGGCGUCUUUCUCGGCAUCCCUCUAGGCGCCGCAAUUCUCACUCGCCUCGCUCUCAUCUACACCAUCGGCCUCAAGUCCUACAAUAGUAAAGUCAUUCCCUUCUUGGCACCGUGGUCCCUCGUCGGCCUCCUCUAUACCAUCAUCGUCCUCUUCGCCUCGCAGGGCUCCCAGGUGGUCCACCAGAUCGUCUCCGUCGUGCGGGUGGCCGCGCCGCUGGUGGUCUACUUCUCCGUCAUUUUCUCCGCCACGCUGCUCGUCGCCCGAAAGCUGGGCUUCCGCUACGGCCUGGCCUGCACGCAGGCCUUCACGGCCGCCAGCAACAACUUCGAGCUGGCCAUCGCCAUCGCGGUGGCCGCGUACGGUCCCGACUCGGACGAGGCGCUGGCCACGACCGUCGGGCCGCUGAUCGAGGUGCCGGUCCUUCUGGGUCUGGUGUACUUUGUGAAGUGGUUCGCCAAACGGCACGGCUGGGAGGACUAG